AUGAGCUACUUGGUCACCGAUAAUUCUGAUACCAGCACACUGGUAAUUAACUCUCUCUUUUUCCAGAGCUCCCUCUCAAAAUCUGAAAUUGAAGACAUCCGUGAGGUCUUCGAUUUGUUCGACUUUUGGGAUGGUCGUGAUGGCAUGGUCGACGCCAACAAGGUGGGAGACUUACUUCGAUGCAGCGGAAUGAAUCCAACAGUUUCAGUAACUGUGAAACACGGAGCUACUGAAAAACCAGGAGAAAAGCAAUACAAAUUUGAAGAAUUUCUACCUUGCUACGAGGCGAUUUUGAAGGAGAAAGCGGCCGGUACAUUUGCUGACUACAUGGAGGCCUUCAAGACAUUCGACCGUGAAGGCCAGGGUAUCGUUUCCGCUGCAGAAAUGCGACAUGUCUUGACGGGAUACGGUGAGAAACUGAAAGAGGAUCAAGUUGAUCAGAUCCUAAAAUUUAUUGACCUGCGUGAAGACCUUGAAGGGAACGUCAAAUAUGAAGUCAUUCCGAGGUGCCUUCACCUCCAAACACUCAUUCAGGCAACCUGGAUAGAAACUGACAACAAGAUGGCUGUUGACACCGGCUAUAAGAUAUAUCUUGCAGUAUCUCCAACCAAGCGCAAUGAGGAUCACGCGGUGCCCAUCCUGGAAGGUCCAGGAUUGGCCAUCUCUCUGAGUUGGGCAGCAGACUAUGGCUAG